AGAAGAAAGCCCAAAUUUGACGUCUUAUUACAAGCUUGACCCACCGUCCGCUGCGAUCGCCUCCGUGUCGUACCAAGUUUUUUCCGGUUCAACUCCAUUCCUCAGAUUCCUUCUAGGGUUUUUUUUUUUUUUUCUUUUCUUCCAUUUUUCCGAUCAUGGCUGCGAUGCGAUUGACGCCGGAUGAUGCUCGGGGUGCUCCGUCCGCCGUUGAUUUGGUCUCUGACGACGAUCGCUCAGUGGCCGCUGAUUCUUGGUCCAUCAAGAGUGAGUAUGGUAGCACCCUCGACGAUGACCAGCGUAAUGCCGACGCUGCCGAGGCUCUAUCUGCUGGAAAUUUGCGUGCCGCUUCGGAUUACAGUUCUGACAAGGAUGAAACAGAACCAGAUGCUGAAGCUGUGACAUCAAUGCUAGGUCUCCAAAGUUAUUGGGAUUCUCAAUAUGCGGAUGAAUUGACAAACUUCCAUGAACAUGGUCAUGUUGGUGAAGUCUGGUUCGGACCUGAAGUUAUGGAAACUGUUGCUUCUUGGACAAAAAGUUUGUGUUCUGAUGUUUCGCAAGGUCGGUUUCCCAAUCAAGCUGAUAAUGUUAAGUCACUGAAUGGUGAUCAGGGUUUCAAAUUCUUGUCUAGUUGGAGUGUACUUGAUAUUGGGACGGGAAAUGGUUUGCUGCUUCAAGAACUUGCUAAGGAGGGAUUCGCUAAUUUGACAGGAACUGAUUAUAGUGAAGGGGCAAUAGAUCUUGCUAGAAGCCUUGCAGAGCGAGAUGGUUUUUCCAAGAUUAAAUUUUUGGUUGAUGAUGUUCUCGAGACAAAGUUGGAAGGGCAAUUUCAACUCGUUGUGGAUAAAGGCACUUUAGAUGCAAUUGGAUUGCAUCCAGAUGGUCCCCUUAAAAGGAUCAUGUAUUGGGAGUCAGUAUCGAAACUGGUGGCUCCGGGUGGGCUGUUGGUGAUCACUUCCUGCAACAGUACAAAAGAUGAACUUGUGCAAGAAGUUGAGAACUUCAAUCAAAGAAGGGUUAAUUCCUUUGCAGAAUCAGAGUCGUCCAAUGGAACACAAAGAGAAUCGCCUACAUUUCAAUACCUCAACCAUGUUCGUACCUACCCGACAUUCACCUUUGGAGGAUCUGUGGGAUCUCGCGUUGCCACAGUGGCAUUUCUUAGGAACUGAUUAUGUGCUAGCUUGUCACCUCGGAUUGAAGUCAUUUUUUAAUGUUAGACACAUCUAUGGAUUUGCAGUGUUUGAGCCUACCACAGUUUGCCUCCCAAUAGUCAACACUUAUUAUUAUUUUUUUUUUUGGCUUGGAAACCACUAGACUGUGUUCUUGUUAUAACUUCGAACUAUUUUUCAGACUGAUGUAAUUACGGUGGGGAGUAAAAGUGGAGAAUUGCUGAAUUGCAGCUUUUGUCAGUGGGAUAUUGAGAAUCAAUGCCUUCCUCAGGAUUUUAACAUACAACUAUGAACUAUAUUCCAAACUA